CGCCGACACUUCGCCCCGAGUUUAACGACUCACGGGGGCUUCGAGCAUGAGCAAGCCGGCGGGAUCAACAAGUCGCAUUUUAGACAUCCCUUGCAAAGUGUGUGGGGACCGCAGCUCCGGAAAGCACUAUGGGGUUUACGCCUGCGAUGGGUGCUCGGGAUUUUUCAAGCGGAGCAUCAGGAGGAAUAGGACCUAUGUUUGCAAAUCAGGAAAUCAGGGAGGUUGCCCGGUGGACAAGACGCACAGGAACCAGUGCCGAGCCUGCCGGCUGAAGAAGUGCUUGGAGGUCAACAUGAACAAAGAUGCGGUGCAGCACGAGCGGGGCCCCCGGACGUCGACGAUACGGAAGCAGGUGGCCCUCUACUUCCGCGGGCACAAGGAGGAGAGCGGCGGAGCCCCGCACUUCCCCGCUGCCGCCCUGCCGGCACCCGCCUUCUUCACCGCCGUCUCCCAGCUGGAGCCCCAUGGCCUGGAGCUGGCCGCUGUCACUGGCACCCCUGAGAGACAGGCUCUGGUGGGCCUGGCACAGCCCACCCCAAAGUACCCACAUGAAGUCAACGGUACCCCUAUGUAUCUCUACGAAGUGGCCACUGAAUCCGUCUGCGAGUCAGCAGCCAGACUUCUGUUCAUGAGCAUCAAGUGGGCCAAAAGUGUGCCAGCCUUCUCCACCUUGUCCUUACAAGACCAGCUGAUGCUUUUGGAAGAUGCUUGGAGAGAACUGUUUGUUCUAGGAAUAGCACAAUGGGCCAUUCCAGUUGAUGCUAACACUCUACUGGCUGUAUCUGGCAUGAAUGGUGACAAUACAGAUUCUCAGAAGCUGAAUAAAAUUAUUUCAGAAAUACAGGCCUUACAGGAGGUUGUGGCUAGAUUCAGACAACUUCGGCUAGAUGCUACUGAAUUUGCCUGUCUCAAAUGCAUUGUCACUUUUAAAGCUGUGCCCACACACAGUGGUUCUGAACUGAGGAGUUUCCGGAAUGCGGCCGCCAUAGCAGCCCUUCAAGACGAAGCCCAGCUCACCCUGAACAGCUACAUUCAUACCAGGUAUCCCACACAACCCUGUCGUUUUGGAAAACUUCUAUUGCUUUUACCAGCUUUACGUUCAAUUAGUCCAUCUACAAUAGAAGAAGUAUUUUUCAAAAAGACCAUUGGGAAUGUACCAAUUACAAGACUGCUUUCAGAUAUGUACAAAUCCAGUGAUAUAUAAAUUACCUUAAAAUAAACAAUCAGGAUGGACAGUUUGAGAAGAACUUUUAUCUAUGGAAAAUAAGCCUCAACUAACAAAAUCUACAGGAAGCAUAAGCCUGGGAAUGUUUAGUCCUUAAACUCAUUGACAAAAAAUACCCCAGUAGAUAUGAUUCUGCUGCUCUGAACAGAGUGAUUUAGAUCAUGGAGAGAAUGCUUUGUUCUACAGAAAAAGUGAAAGUGGUUGGAAUUUGGCUGCUAUUCCUGUUACUACAGGAUGGAGGCAAUUCAGAUGCCAGUCAUAGUUAACAAAGACUCUGCUAUUCUCUCAUUCAACUGGCAGAUCUGAGACAAAAUGUGAAAGAAGGUACUUUAGCUUGUUCAGUAUUUGGAACCGGGUGACCAAACUUGGCUUCUGUUGUAACACAAGAUGUGGUGGCCUUCAGAAUUGUUUUAAAAGUAGCCUAUGUUGGGAAAAUGUUUUUAAUAUGAUAGGCAACAUUUGAGACCAAGUUACCAAAACAUUGCUUCUGCUAUAAUGCAUCAUGAAGUGGCCUUCAGAACUGAUUAAAAGGUAGCUUAUGACGGCAGCUCCAUUCUUCCUACAAAAUGAACUGGUGAUCUUUGACGCAGAUGUCACCACAAUUUGUUCGGUUAACAUCUCAAAGACAGAAGAGCUUUAUACAUUUCCUCCCUGACCUUCCCUCCUUUUUCUUCCACGCACAGACAUACAUUCAAGCACACACACACACCCCCACACCCACCCACACACCUGAAAAGAGACAACACAAGAAAGGAAGACUAAAACAGCAAAACCAAAUACAAUGGAGAUGACCGCUUCAGUGAUCUGCUGGCUGUCCUGUUGGCACAGUGCUGAAACCAAAGGCAACAGUGGCCAAACUCUUUGUCAAUGAGAUGUGCAGAGAAAUGAAAUGACUAUAAAAAAAUCAAUGGAAGGAAUUUUAUUUCAAAGAAAUAAAGGUUGUUGACUGAUACAAUGCUAACAAUUUCCAAAAGUCUCCAAUGCCUUUUUAGAAAACUCCAGGUUCUAAUUUUGA